AAUGCUAAUGUAAUAAUAUAACGUACGCGUAUAUGUUAAUCAGUUGCAGAUAUUAUGUGGGCGCGCGAAAUGUAGGCGUCGGGCGAGCUAGCAUGCGGAGCGCCAGCACAGUGAGCGGCCCUCUACUGUCUGUUUCAACGCCUGCCAGCCAACAAAACCGGUUCGCUGCCGUCCACCUGCUCACCGGCCAAUUAUUGUAUUUCAUUGUCGAGGUGAGUGUAAAACGACGACGACGACGACGACGACGACGACGGACGAGUAGCGGUAUAGGAAAGAUAGAAAAAAAAAAAAUAGUAAUAAAAAAGGACGCGGAACGCGCGUGCGAGAGAACGAUACAGCGGCGGCGCAGGAAAAAAAUUAACGCCGCGACGCGGACGAGAGAUGACGGAGAGAGAGAGAGAGAGAGAGAGAGAGUAAUACCUGUAAUAUCAUUUUCUUCCCCUCCCGAUACCGAUUUACGCACAAUGUUAUUGUUUACCGGACAAAAAAUAACAAUAAUAUUGUCGCGUCCGCCGCAGCGCGAUUUUCGAACGCGGCCUCGGCUAUAAAAUACAGGGUGCGAUUAAUAUUCUUUCGAACCGCACGAGCGGUUCCGAUCGAGGGGAUUAUGCGGCAGUUGAAAUAUACUACGCAACGUAGACCGAUUUGGAAUUUUCGAAACGGAUUCGGGUCGAUUAACAACGGUUUACGGACGGUCUCGACGGAGGAAAUUUUAAAAACGUACCAAAAAAAUGCGGCGUGCCUUACGACGACGAAUUUCUUUUUCGUUUUCGACCGUUCGAUCGGUUUGUUGCAGUUCGCGAUGCUUCCCAUUCGUAACUCGCAAUUCCUUUAACACCGCGCAACUAUAUUCUUAUACUGUUCUUGCUGUGAUAGAUUUAGAUACCUGGCCGGUCCUGAUCCAUCACGAUUAGUUUUAUAUUCUCGGCCUUCCUCUUCCGAUAAAACUUUUUUUUUACGUCACUUUCUAUGACGCAUCGCGUCAAGCUAUCGAGUCAUAUAUACUAUGCCAAAGUUCUCGUUUUUCCUUUCUUCCGUACAAUACUUCUUCGUGCGUUACUAUUUCUAAUGACGGAGAAUAUAAAUAAAAAAAAUAUCAUUUCGUCGAUAUCACAGCUGAACAAAUUAAUGUUUAAAAUCACCUCCGCCAUAAACCAAUAAACGUGUUGAUCAAUCACAGUUCGUUUUCGAAAUGUAUUAAAAUCCGUACAACCAAAUCCUUACAGUUUUAUCUGAAUUUUCGAUCUAAAACAUCAUAUUCUUUAUCCUUCUCCUAAAUCGGACAAUAGAUUAGUGGAAAAUGCUUCGUAUUUAAAAUGUAAAGACUUUUCAAAUCCCUUAAAUUUUAUAUUUAGGGGUUCAAUUCAGUAUCAUAACUCGAAAACGUUUAGUAAUAAUUACUUUCAAAUUAUCUUUGGUCCCAAGGUAGAAAGGCUUAAAUCAAUUUUGAAUAGUUUUUAACACAAGCAAUUCAAUUUAUGAAAAUUGCUAAAUGGCAUACUGGCAUAAUUGCAAAUAAAGUUGUAUAUGAUUGGCUGUACAAAUCAUUUUCGCCAAAAAGUGACAUUGGCUAUUUUUGAUCCGAGCCCCAGAAAUACACUUUUGCAAUGUGAGAUCAGAAGUAAUGAAAACAAAUCAACACGAGACGAAAUUUAAAAAACAAAUACAUAUAUUUAUGGACAUAUGGUAUAUACCGGAAAUGGACACUUGAGCCUUUUAGUUCUUUGGGACGAUAGAUACAAGAUUUUUCGACGUUUUACCCAAUAUUAUUCCGCGCACGUAUAUUAUCGUGACGUAAACAUCGCGUAAUAUUAUUUCCAACGUCGGUAUUCUUCGAACGGUAAUUUCCCGAUAGGUACACUCGAUACCUAUGUUCUAUUCGUGCGACAGUAUACGGAUAACGGCCGGUUCGCGAUAAAAAAAAAAAAAAAACCGAAAAAAGUCGUCACCCUGUAUACGCGAGUAUCUAUACGUUAUUAUCUGUUUCGCGCGAGUUAUGAGGCCACCAAACCGCAUACCGUAUAAUGCCGUCAAAUAUCGCGAUAAGAAUUAUUGUAUGUAUACGAAAAAUAACAAUGUAUGCGUUGUCGGGGCCGGCGGACGUGUUAUAAUAACUGGACCGCUCUCCGGCAUAACUGGCGCGGAAUUCGCCGGUAUAUCCGCGAUGGUAUAGAAUGGUAAUAAUAAUAAUAAUAAUAACAUCUUUAUAUAGUACACAUUAUAUUAUUAUUAUACUAUUAUUCUCGGCGUUAUCCGGUAGUACGAGUCUAUCCGAGAUCGCGAACAUAAAGGAUACGCGACAACGUUAUAAUAUACUUUAUACCUUUAUACCUUUUAUUAUAUUCGACCGACCUACAUAAUCGAUAUGAUAAUAACGUCUUUUGGUCUCGGGCAAGAAGGGCUCAAGGCGGUCGAAAGCGACAUUCGAUUUUUCGCAUACAUUUCGAAUAAAACAAACACGAUACGCGCUUCCGGUAUAGUGCGAUUUCCGAUUUUUAAAAAAAACGAUUCGUAAUACUGCAGUCGACUCUCGCGAUAAUUCAAACGGUCGGUAAUUCGUAACGGUGGCGUGUCAAAGUAGGUUUUUUUGAGCCGGUUGCCUCAUGACUAAAAUGGGUGGGUAGACGGGUGUUCAAAUAUGACGAACGCUGAUUAAGAUUAACUAGUUCAAAGAUCAGAGACUCCUUUAGUUUUGUGUAUUGUAUUACUAUAAUAUACCUAUAUACAUACAGAUAUUAUAGCCUGUAUUAUAUGGUAAAUUUAGCUAAACAAGGUUUUUGCUGAAAAACAAAUUAUUUAUAGGACACAUAAAAAUCCACGUUUAGAGUGGGUAGGUUCUAAUUAUUUUGUUUUACCGCAAUUACAAACAAUGUUCAGCGUCCCACUGAUUCGAAACUUUCGGUAAUUCGAAGUAAACGCUCGUUGCUGUAAUAAUCUCACAGUAAUUUGAAUAAAAACAGUAUACAAGUAUACACUCGGUAAUUCAUAGUCAAAUUUUAAGGAAAACUAGCCGCUAACACGCUACAAUCAGAAGUUUCGUCGGUUCAACGUUCAGCAAUUCGAAGCGUAUUCACUAAAUGUAUUUAUAAUCUUUUCGUUAAUAAUUCAUCAUACAAUUACAAUGUAUACGUUUAGCUUAUUAUUACCGAUAACUAUCGAAUUAUUCCCGUAGUUACGGUUACAUAUAUAUAUAUAAUAUGUAUAGCCACAAUUAGUGAUGUCCCAUGGGGAAAUUCUUCGAAAUCACAUUUUCCACUUUUCCGCCUUUCCCCAAAAUGUAAUUAUUAUGUGACAUAUCAAAUUGUAUUAUUUUCAAAGACCGUAAUAAACGUCUUAUCCGUAAAAUUAUUAGACAAUUAUCAAUUUUUUACUUUUUUACCUAUCUUUUAUCCUUUUACCUAAUUAAUUUGUGUUAAUUUAAAUGUACACAACUCACACAAUGAUACAACUCACAACUGCUCAAGUACACAAAAUGAACAUAUAGUCGUGUCAUUAUGAGUUGUCAGAAAGUUAAAUAAUGUUCAUAAAGUAUACUUUUCCAUUUGAGGAACAUUCCCAGGAAUAUUCCCGGGAAAAGUCCAUGAUUUUUCACUCUCGGAAAAGUGUCCAUCCCCAGCCACAAUACGUUUAAUACAUAAUACAUUUAAAAAAUAAUAAUAAAUAGUUGUAAUACCGCUAAAUUUAAUAAAACAUUUUAAUAAUUAUACACAUUUUUUUCCGCAAUUCAGUAAUUCAAAAUUUAUCAUAAGUUUCACCGCAACUUCGAACUAUUGAGAGUCGACUGUAUUUAGUAUACUACUUUUCUGUGGUUUCUAGGAAAAAAUAAUCAGUUUUUUCAUGCGCGAAAGUUUAUUUUCAUCAACAAAAAAAUUAAAAAUCGUCUUCUGCUUGAACAAAUUCAACGAAAAAAAAAAAAUACGAUGAAAAGUUUCCUAAAAAAUACAGACUGGAAAUCGAAUGAUUCAAAUGUGUUUUUAAAAUCGAAAUUGCGCUUGCUGCAGUGGGUGAAUUUCACUCAGUCUUCAAAAACGUAAAGGAAAAUUAUGGUUGUUAAAAAGUAUAAAUUUGCGCUUAUACAACUUAAAGUCUUGUGUAUUUCGCUUGAAUGAAACAUACGUGCUAUCUAUAGGUACCAUUAUUGUUGAUUUAAUAUUAUAAUAAUCUAAAAAGAAUCGAAAUAGUCUUACCUUUUAAACCGUCAAUAUUUUUUCGCAGUACGUAUUUCUGUAUUGCAUACAUUCUUGAGAAAUGAUUCGAACAAAUCUUCUGCGUAAACUGUUUAAAAGAGUUCUGGAAUUCAGUAGUUUGUAUUUCGAUAUGUUAGAACAUUAUUUAAAUGUGCUCGAUUUUCACUUCUGUAACAGAAAAAAAUGAUAAUAUAUAAUUAUAUUAUAUUUAAAUGGUUUAAAACCCAUUUAAAAUAAGGCACGGCUAAUAUAUUAAAAACGUAUAAUACAAUUUUACCCGAUCGAUAUUUGAGAUACUUAUAUUUUGGUAAAUAACAUAAUACUGUAAUAUUCAUUAAACGAGACGAAUACGAUUUACCUUAAUCGUGAAUGAGUUGGCAUGUCUUACAUAAUAUUUUCGUUUUUUUUUUCAGGGUAAAUCUCGGGUGAAAGAAGUCUUCUCACAGCUGACUACUUACAUGAUCGCUCAAGGAAUGCAGGACAUUGAACUUUUCGCAUUAGCAUUCUUUCUAGGUGAGUCGAGUAUAAUUUUUUUUAUAUAUACCAAAACGGUGUUAUAAUAUGACGGAGUGUUUAUGGGGGAUCUAUAAACCGAAGAAUAAAAAAUCAAAUAAAAUGCAUAAAAUCAAUAAUGCUAAUUAGCAUUAUUUUAAUGUAAUCUAGAACGAGUUAAACAUUUUACUGUCGAAUUAUAAAUCAGGUUCAAAUCACUUUCGCCGCUAUGUCAAUUAUUAUUAUUACCUGUAUAGAAUAGUUGACUAGCUCAAUUAAAUCGACUUUUCUGACAUUGUGUGCAGCGAGAAAUACCUGCACAGCGAAGCGUUUAUGCAAAUAUUUUUAUACAUACCUAAAUAUUUAUAAACGUUGUUCACACUAAUGGGUUACUAAACGAUUUUAACUGUACCUAUAUCGUUACAUUGUCAUUAAUAUAAUUAUAUAAAUAAUUUGCACAUAAUAACAGAAGAUAGGUAUACUGUGUACAUUGACUGUACACUUUUACUACAAUAUAGCGUUUAAAUAUACGUACUUUGUAUGAAUGGAACGAGGGGAAAAUAUAAAAUAUAAAUAGAUAGACUGUUUAUUCCGUCAAAGUAGAAGAAGAACAGAACAAAACAACAAGUAUUGUAGAAAUUAAAAUCAAAAAAUAAACGACAAAAUAUUAUGAAGAACAUAUUAUGAUUGCACUCAACAAAAUAUAUUUAUUUUUUAAUUUAUGGUUUUUUGAGUUACGAUUCUGAUAAUAAUAUAUUUUUAUCUCUUAAAUUUUUUAAUUAUUUGUUUUAAUAAAAUCCCUUGUUCUUACCGACAUGCAUAGUUAAAAUUAUAUAAAAGAUAUGACACACAUGCUUAUACCAGUAACCCGCGGGGUACCGUGUCAAACGAACUUCAAAGAUAACAUAUAUUUCUCGUUAUGGAUGUUGUAGUGAUGGUAUCAAUUUGCUAUUAAGUUGUUGAAAAUCAAAAAUUAUAUGUGCCAAAUCCAUAUAUGUAUAGCUACUAAUUUCUAACAUUUGGAAUUUUCGGCUUCCUCUUUUAAAUUCUGUGCGGAACGGGGUAUGAUGUAUUGGUUUUGUAAUGAUGUUUGUUUCUAUUUUUCCAUCAGAAAUCUUGUUCCGAUUUUCAUGUGUAGCACCUUAAUCUGGAUGGAAAUUUUGUCUGAGUAAUACUUUAACGAGGUCAUUUUUUGAUUUUCCAACGGGUUUUCAUAAUAAAGGGAAAAUUUAGGUAUCUUGUGAUUUUUCUAUUGAAGCAAUAUUUAUAAUAGAAAACAUAAGCCGUGAAAAUAAUAAAUAAUAUAAUCGUUGCGCUAUGGUUUAAAAAAAUCGUGUUCAAAGAGGUUAUAUCUUAAUAGGAGCAAAAUCGUUCACUUUUCAUUUUUUGACUGGAGUAAUAUUUCUGGUAAAAAACAUAGUGUACACAAAUUAAAAACAAUGAAAAGGGUUAACGGUUUUCCCGAUUAUUUUGAAAACCCAUUGGAAAAUUAAAAAAUGACAUUUUAAUACACCAACUAGACAAAAUUUCCAUUCAGAAAAGAUACUAUAUUCCAUACACUGGAACAAGAUUUCUUUGAAAAAAGAAAAAAGAAAUGUUGUUUACAGACAGAAAAAAAAAGAAGCAUACAUCAUAGUGAAAUCAAUAGAUCCCUCGCUAUGUUCCGAAACUAAAACUUUAAUAAAUUAUCUCGCUAACAAACAAGUUAUAAAAUGUGUUGCUAGCAAAUUACAUUGUAUUAAUAUAGAGGAAUAUGCUUAAUAAUUUGUAGACAAUUGUGGAGUAUAGAAAAUGAUUUUGUCUCGCAUUUUUAUUUUGAAGUAAAUUAGAUUCAAAACAAAGGAAUCGUCGAUUUCAUUUUUUAAUGAUUUUUCCGGAAACGUUGCGUACGAAUAACGUCUCCUAUUUGUAAACGAUUUUAAAUCUAAUUUUUUUGGAGAAUAUUCUCGUAACCGGAGUGAUGAUCGGGGAGUCUGGUAAUGUUUCAUUUAUAAAAUCGUUAUCGAUUCGGUUACUAUGACUUUGGAUUUUUAGAUGACUUUAUCGUUUUGGUUUUGCGACUAAGACGAGGGUACUCAAAAUGCGGUCCGACAGUGUGAGGAAUAGAGCCAUUUAAAUACGCGAUGGGAUUAGUUAAAGUCAAAAUAUUAUAACGAAUCCGAGACGGCAGAACCAUCAUCGGAGAGUAGCGUAAUAAUAACAUCAUGCGAUGCUGUGCAAAAUCACGAUAAUAUUUUUGAGAUCGAACGUAGAUUACUAAUAUUUAUAAUGUAUGUAUAAUAUCGAAUUAAAAAUCCGGCAGGUAUAUUAAAUGUAUAUGGAUAGGUAACCCCGGCUAUAAUAUAUAGUAAAAAACAAUUUAUAUACAUAUACGAUUUUUAAUAAAACCGAUUUUACACGGUAUGCCGCCCGACCCGUAUUAAACUAUAUCGUUACGUGAAUAUUUCUGUGUACGCCGUCGCACGCGCAUAAUCGUAGAAAAGAUCGAUAUUAUAAUUUUUUUUUUUUUUUUAUAAAUAUAUACCUACACAUAAUGUACACAUUUUUUUUUUUUACAGCCCGUACGUAUAGCGCGCCGCCGUAUCGGAAUUAGAAUAAUAAUAAUCGUUCGUCGCGCCGAUAAUCUUUGUGUCUGAAAAUUUAAUUUUAUUAUUUUUACACGUCGUUUAUAAUACUAUUUAAAUCCGUUAGGUGUACGUAUAUAUGUAUAUAAUAUCACGAAUUUAUGCGCUUAACUGUUAAAAUUGAUAUACGACGUAUAUAUUAUAGUUAUCUGUAUGUAAUAUGUUGGAUAUAUUUGCAUAAGAAUAUUAAUAAAUUUAUAUCGUACGUUAUAAUGUAUGCGUACCUAUAAUAUAUAUAUAAAUAUAUUAAAAUGUGUUAUUCGAAAAUAUUUAUAUAAAUCGAAACACGGUUUUAAUAUUAUAUAGGCGGGUAUAUACUCGCCUAUCGUGUGCGUACCUAUGCAAUGAUAAUGUACAAUAAAUACCGAUCCAAACAAAUUGAAUUAUAACUCGCGUAUAGGUAUACGAUAAAAAAAACUAUAAAUCACGAUAAACGGAUAAUAUUAUUAUUUAUUUUUUUUUUUUCGUUAGAUCUCGCCCGUAUAUUAUAAUAUAUAUCGUAUUAAUAUGACAGAAAAUACGACACGAUAAUAAUAUUACCUAUUAUACGACCGGCACUAAUACUUGUCGUCGUCGCGGUAUCGUUGGUAUAAAUAAUGCGGUAAUAAUAAUGAUAAUGUUAUUAUUUAACGUCAAGGCGCGUCGUGUAGACAAUUCAAGCGCACGCCCGUCGUUGAUGUCCGUAGGAAACUGUUAAAAAUAUUUUAUUAUUAGUAUUAUUAUUUAUUUUUUCUUUUUUCUUUUUACGAUACAUUGUUUUUUUGUUUUUUUUUUCAAUAAUAUCAUUUCUAUCGAGUACCUAUCGCUAUAAUAGUGUUAUUAUUAUUAUGUUACAGAGGACGAAUAUUUUUUCACGGACCCCGAGUGUAAACUGUCAAAGUAUUCGCCAAAAAGUUGGAAAUCGUCAUCGACAUUCGUGAGUACCGUACAGCGAUAAAUAUCAUAAUAUUAAUCUUUGAUAUUUUAUAAUUUAUAAUAAAUUAGUUAUAAACCUAUCAAUAAGAUUAUAAAAAAUUAGAUAACACUCUUUGAUAAUAAUUGAAUACUGAUAACAGUGAUAACGAAAGACGUAUGCAACGUGUACGCAUAUACUCCAACAAAUACUUCGAGAGAAAAGGAGUGUGACGUGCACGCAUAUGACUGACUUAUCGGAUGCUAUGUUAUCUAUUUCUUCUCUGUAAGCACACUAACUCAUAUACAGAGUGCACUAAAUAACAUUUCGAUCAGUCCGAACGCAUUAAUUUUCAAAAAUUCGAAAAUAUUCGUUAAUUGAAUAGAAGAAACACGAAAGUCUCUACGAAAAAGUUAAAAAUAAACAACGAUAUAUUCAUAAACAGAUGUACAGGUGCAGACUAUCUAAUAUGGAAUGUUGCCACAAACAAUGAAGUUUUGCAACUCUCUGUUUAACCGCUUGUGUCAAUAGAUAGGGCAAUAGGUGACAGUGUUCUGAUAGGCAGCUGGUAAUCGAUAAAUGAUUUUGCAGUAGGAUGCAACCAGUUUUCGUUUCUAUGUACUUCUAUUCUCUUGGCGAACCGAGUGUAGACCUUAAUUCAUUUGUGAUGGCACGAGGUGAAAUGCUGACUAAACGUGGUUGUUAUUAGUGAUGUUAUCACUGAUGACAUCACAGAUGAAUUAAGAAACUUAAGGGCUGGAAGAGUAUUUACAAUAUUUUAACUUGUAUCUCAAUUAUCAAAGAAUAAUAUAAAACCACUUAUAAUCUCAUUGAAAAUUCCGACUAUGAGUUUCCAGCAAUAUCUCUAACGCGACAUAUUAUUUUGACUUCAAUACGUGGUACCAACAACGAUUUAAUCAAUUGAAGAGCUGCAGAGAAAUUUGAUCAUAUUCAAAACUCCCAACAUUUUUACACUGAUCACUUUUAUCUUCGUUUUCUUUAAGAUUAUAUUUUUUCUAUGCCGUUGUAAAUAUUUUUAAAACUACUGUAGCAAGGACCACGAUUGUGCAGCAGCUCAAUUCAAUCAUUUAUAAGUCUACGACGAUUACUUCUUACGUAGUAAAACUUAGUCGUUAACAGGAAUUUCUCAAUUUUCAAACGAAUGUUCUGAAUAUACGUUAAUACAAAACAUUUUUUUAAGAUAGGAACGUAAAAUGUAUAAAAUAAAUUAAUUUAUAUCAGAUGUACUCAACGAUAUAUAAUUACCAACGAAAAACGAUUCCAAGUGAAGUUAGGUUAAUUAUGUUUUGAAAUGCCGCAGUCACUACGGUUUUCAAUAAAAUUUGAACUUUUAACGCUUAUAAUAUAAUUACUACGUUACGCUCAAUUUUUUUUUUAUCGUAUAAAUAUAGCCAUAUAAAUAGCCCGAAAAUCGCCAGAAUGUUUGACCGUGUCUAGAAAAUGCUCAUACGAGUGUUCGGUGACAAAAAUAACAAAAUCGAAAAUAAUUUGGACACCGCAUUUUCGCGUACAAUUUCGCGGAUAUUUUCGAAUGUUAAGAGGACGCGUGCACUGUAUCUAUUUUACAUACGUUUGACUAUUGGCAAAUACGGGUCCGGCAGAAACAACUCUAUCCCGUUAGUUUUAAUAGUAGAGCGAAUUGACUUAUCAUCAAAUGUAAAGAUAAGAACAUUAUUUGUGCGCUGUUUUUUUUCCAUAUUUUAACUGUCAAGCGAGAUAUUAAAUUGUGAUAUUUCACGUACUCAUAUUGCGACAGUUUCUUAAAACGUCGAACAAAUCAGCUCCAACGUUUCGUUUUAAUAUCAAAACUAAUGGCGCAAUGUUGUCCCCGCAAAAACGAAAAUUCGUUACGUCGCGGUACGUUUGUAAGACGGAGACGACGCACGCAGAUAUUAAAGGGCUCCUACCGCUCCCGACAAAUAGCACCGAUUAAGCCGUACUCGGACUGGUUUUCUAGGGUCAUUCAACCCGGCCCUUAGCCCAUUUUUAAAGAACUAGGGCCUAGGAAAAAAAAAAAUCCAUUGAAAACCGGGCCUGACCUGAAGAAAAAAAAGUAAGGUACGAUUAGACGAAAUUCGUUACCGAAAUACGUGCGCCCGCGACGUUAUAAUAACGGUAUCGGAACGAGAUUCCUGCGGUUACGGAAAAGUCGUUUACAUCGGAAAGACGAAAAACACACACAUCACAUGUACGCGAGUAAUAAAACCGACCGUACAUUCCUCCGUAUCGCUUCGCUCAGAAUCUAAAUGGUGGUGUUGGGGGGGGAGGGUAGGGGUGGGGAAGAAGAAGCGGUGUUUCGUUUCGUUUUUUUUUUUUUAAAUUUAAUUUUUAUCGGUCGGUCCUCGGGUCGACGCGCGCGUACCUAUAUACAUAUAUACAUACACACACACAUGCACGUAUAAUACGUAUACACGGAAUCUCGUAAUUAUAUACGUGUACGCGCGCCGGCCGUCGGGGAAAUUAUAUUUUAUUAUGCAACCGCGUCUCUCGAUUUAUCCCGGACGACAUAAAUACGGGCGCGCGCAAUAAUUGGUUUUUAAGUUGUCAAAAUGAUAUGUUGUUUUGAUACACGACAACAACAAAUACGUGUAUACGUACGUACGUAUUUUACGCGCACCCAUACCCGUACGUGGAUAUAAAAUAUAAUACCUAUAUCAAUUUUUUUUUUUUUUUUUUGUUUUUUUUUUUCCUUUCUGUCCCGACGCAAGGUCGACCCGUAUAGAUUAUCGCGCGCGCUCCUCCGAGCUACAGGAGUAGAGCGGCGGCCGAUACCAUUGCCGCAAGAAAGUAUUAUUACGCAACGCUCCCCUCCCUCAACCCCUCCCCCUCCCAUAACGCUCCUUUCACCGGUACGCGUACGAAACGAGAACGGGUUUAAAUCCCUUCUUCGUUUGUUCCUCGUCCGUUAUUAUAACUCGUGUAUCGUACCUGCACGCAUAAUAUAAUAAAUACGUCGUAUACGUAUACACUUUUUAUCGUUAUCAUUAUUAUUAUUAUUAUUUAUAAUAUAUAUAUAUAUAUGUAUAUAUGUAUACGCGCGCUUCGAUUUCGAUGUGAUAUUAUUACAGCGAGUGUAUUUUAAUUUAAUGUUGUGUUGUUUUUUUUUUUUUUUCUCACGCCUCAGGGUCUCGAUCAAAACGGCCAACCUCUGCUUCAGUUGCAUUUACGCGUCAAGUUUUACGUCGACACCACUAAAUCUUUACGGUAAUUAUACACAAAACUUUAUAAUACAUAAUAGUUCUCUCUCUCUAUGCGUAUAUAUAUGUAUAUGUACAAUCGUUUGUAUUUUUUUUUUUUUUAUUAUUCAUAGUUCGAUUUAAGAUCGUGCGCGCUUGUUGGUUUUUUUCCGCCCGACGGGAGAAAUACAGAAAAAAAAAAAAAAAAACCGUACGCUCGAAUAAAAUACCUAUGUUAUUAAACGAUAGACGCGUUAUACGACACACGAGCCGUUUAAAUAGCCGCGCAUUACGUUUUACUCGCCGCUGUCGGGUAACGCGCGCAGGCUCGUAGUCGAAAAAAUGUCCAUUAGGUGGGUCAAUAUUUCGAGAGGGCCUCCCCCUCAAAUGUGCUAUGAUUAUAGCACAUUACGACUACAAAUAUCACGACCUGAUAAUAAUAACUUUGUGUCUUUUAUUUAAAUGUUUGUAAAUUUAUUAUUCGAUUAUUGAGCCAUCUACCGGAUAACGUAUACGCUGCAUAAUAAAAUACUGCUGCCGGUACGAGCUGGUAACAGGUACUACAAGUAGUAAUCACUAUGCUGCCGUUAAUCGUUUUGUAUCAAUUUAUGCAAGUCGGGUAUAGGGUGAUGUUUGGCGGUGUAAAUUAAACACGCAUUAUGAUAAUGGGCCACGCUGAAUACAUUGGGAGGGCCGACCCAUGACCGGACACAUUUCGGGACAGGCCAGGCGCGCCCGGGCCUCCGCGUGGCUACGCGCGUACAAGAAAAUGCAUUUUCGUUCGCGCAAGUAGUCGGUCGGUCGUACUCGCGUUUGUCAUUUAUUCGCACGGACUCGCGUAUCGAAAAAUUGCGUCGGAAAUCAAACGCGCCCGAUAGAAAAAUUGCCGGAUACACCACGCCGGGUGUACCAGCCGACGGUAAAUUAUGCGCGGAAAUAAUUGCCGUAGAAAAUUUAUUUGCGCGCUGUCGUCGUGUCGGCGCGGCCCCGUCGAGCGUAAGAAAUUCUUCCUUACGGCGCAUCGAAGCGAACGGGAAAACGCAUCCGCAAUAAUAAUAAUAAUAAUAACGUCGCAAUAUUGUAAAAACGCGACGAGUGCGGUCGGUCGACGGACGGCAGGCCGUUUAACUGGAAUACGAGAAAAAAAAAAAGAAAAAAGAAAAGACGGACUUUCAUCGCCCGAUGGAGACAGACCACUGCAGUUGUAGGUGAGAAGUCGGGAAGGUAUAUACAGGGCGAUUCACUUAAGAGCGCGCACCAAUUUUAUUUUAUUUUUUUUUCGGUUAAAUUUCGCAUGUAUUAAAAUUCUGAUUUUCGGUUUUUAAUUAAAGCCGGCAUUUUCGAAUACUUAAGAGUUUUCACCGCAACAUUAAAUGAGUAUCCCUGUGACGACGCCGACUCUGGUUUUUCAUUACGAGAACUUAUAUAUUGUAAACAUUCCGUCAUAAAUAGACGGAGUGUUAUUUUAAAUAAAUGUUUGUGUUAAAAUGUUCGGUUUACGUAAACCCGCUAACGAUAUACUCCGACUUUAAGUUUAGGUUGGGGGAGAGUAGCCGAGUGUAUCAUUUGUGCGGCGGCCCGGCACUUGGCGUUUUAUUAGUGAAUCAUUCUGUAUAAUAUGUUACACUAUUUAGGACGUAGGUGAAAUUGUCGAAUUCAUAAAAUGGAAAAUGCCCAUUUUAUAAAACGGCUGUAAAACGUUUUUUCUUUCAGUUUUGUUCAAUUAUUAAAAACAAAACUACUCAGAAAAUCAAAAAAAAAAAACUUUCUUCGUGAGCACACUAGCUUCAAAAUUUAAAAAAAAAAAAAAGGUUUCUUGGGACAAUAUAUCCGGUAUAUAACGUAGUUUGUAAAAAUUAAAAACAAUGAAAUCGUACUCCAUAAAUUUGUUCGUUUUUAUUUUCUGUCUUUUUCGGUUUUUUCCUGUUUUUCCUGUAUAAAAACCGCUUAGAAAAUCAAAAAACAAUGACUUCUUUAAUGCGCCAACCAGACGAAGUUUUCUUCAGAAAAGGUGCUACACUUGAUACGUCGUUUUCUAUUAGAAAAAUUCCUCACGGGUACAAGAGAAAAAAAAAUGCUCUGAAAGUAAAAAUAAUAAUUACAAAUCGGUCGCGGACAAGACGGUUAUAAAAAAUAUUGUACGUUUACAAUACGAUUAAGCCCGUAAAUAAAAUAAAAGAUUUCGAACCGUUCAAAUAAUCGUUGUAUUAUAUUAUUAUCGUUCGGACUGUUUGGCCAAAACUUACCGGAAUUUACUUUUCGUCAUGUCAACGUUGUAAAUAACAAAAAGGGCCCGAGAAGGAGUUUUUGAUAAUAACGUUAUUGUUAACGCGGGUUUCGUUGUUUUUAAGAGUCCAACAUUAUCUUCUUCUUCUCUCCCGCCUUCUUUCCGACUAUUCGAGAUUGGCCACCCUCGUUCUAAACUUCCAAAUGACUUGAUCUCCCACGACGCAUAUACCGACCGUCCUCAUAUUACUCUAAAUUACAUCCAACCGCCUCAGUCUAUCUCUCCGCCUAUUUCGUAAUACGUUUAUUUUCAUUACAACACUUACUGUUUCAGAUUUCUCUCACCCCGCGACACGCUCGAACCAUCUCAGUAUAUUUUUUUUUCAUUUUGUUCAUUAUAGAACACACGUGUCUAAGCUAUCUCUUAUAUAUACACUCAUCCCUUCCCUAAAACAAUAUCUAACUCAAUAUUUUGAUUAUUUUUCAAUAUCUCAAUAAUUUUUCUUGCCUUAUGCGUGCUGCAAACUCGGACCCUUCGUUUAACCUCUAACGAUUUACUCGUUUUCUUGAAUCGCUUUCAUCUUACUUGUAUUAUUGAAAAAUAAAAAUAAAAUAGUUUGGCAUUAUACACCCAUGAAGUUGCCCGGGGGGGGAGGGGCACUUCCUCCGAUUGGUUUCAAAUCGGUGUCAUAUUUUUGCAACAAAUUCGCAACUUUUUGCAACCUUUCGAAAAAAAUAUGCAACCUCAUACUUUCGCCGGAAUCAAUUGUUUUCGUUGGUGGGACCACCCAGCUACAUACAUUAUACAUUUAUAAUUUUAAAUUAUAUUUUAACUCGCUAAAUCUUUUGUUUACAUGCAGAUCAAUGCAAAUUUGUUCAUUUUCAAAACAAUUGUACAUUAUUAUUUGUUUAUGUUUACACUCUACAACAUUAUUGAAUUUUUUGAACCAAUUUUUUUAGGUUUAUUAUUAUAAUAUGCAUCAUUAUUGUUCCAGAAAUCGUAUAUUGAUUUUUUUACUUUUUUGUUCUACAUUAACAGCGAUGACAUCACCCGACAACAUUUUUACCUUCAACUGCGCAAGAACAUCGCGGACAGGGGCGGCACCACGGAAGACGGCGACCAGAACGUACUGCCGUUGGUGGCGCUCGGCCUGCAGGCGGACCUCGGCGACCACACGGCCGACACGGACAUCUCGUCCGAACUGCUCGAACAGUACCUCCCGUCAAAGGUAAACAUUUCAAUAGCACGACCGCGGGGCUAUCAUAUUAUUAUAAUGUCUUGUCACCUGAAAAUAGAAACGUUUUAUACACACAUAUUGAUUUUUCGGUAAAAAUGUCUCGGGGAGAGAACUUAUUCGUUCUCGGGUGAUUGAAUAAUAUUAUGGCCAUGGGCGCCCGUGGGUUUCUCAGGUUGGGACAUAAUAAAAUCAAUAAACAUCAAAUAGUACUUAAAAUAAAAUUAUAUUUGAAAUUUUGAAGCUCGGGAAUGACGGAUGCCCUUUGUGUUGCCCUCUCUACCCCUCCGGGCUCCUAUGAUUAUGGUGUUUUCGGUAAAACGUAAUAUUAUUGUCAUAACGCAAAUCGACUUCUUCCAACAGGUGUACAAAAACAACGAGCACAGGGUGAAACAGACGCUGUGCACUUUGCACAAGAGCCACAAAGGGCUAUCGAAGAGUCGCGCCCAGACGAUGUUCGUCCAGGAAGCCGGUCUGGUGCACAAGUCGCACCUGUACCGGUUGAGGUUGAACAAGUCGCAGCCGAAACAGACGCAAGGGAGCGCGUUUUCCAUAUGCAACAGCGUGUGGCUGGCCAUAUGUACCAACGGCAUUCAAUUGUUUCACGUGAGUCGGAGAGAAUUUUAUUUCGCGACCGUAUAAUAUUCUCGAGUCUUUGAAUUUUAGAUUCUGAGUGGAGCGAGGAAUGUAUGGGUUUUACAAUGACGUUUAUUUUUUUAUUUUUUUUCUGUGGACAACUUUUCUACCGGGAAUUUUCCUCAGAUUUACAAUUAUAGCUCUUUUUUUUUCAAAGGAAAUUUGACUUGAGAGGUACUUAAUGGAGGUCAUUUUUUGAUUUUCUCAAAAGUUUUAUCAAUAAAUGAGAAAAACACAGGGAAAACUGAGAAAACGGGAAAAUAGGUACAAUAUUAAACAAAUAUUAUUAAAGUAAAUUUUUUAACGCAUGUUCAAUUAUUUUACCGUAAUACAAUAUAUUAUAUUGUUCACAAAGCAACAUUAUCAACCGAACUCCACUCAGAAUCGUUUUUUCGUUAGCAACAAUUAAUAGUCGUGUACAUUAUAGAUAUACAGAUACACAGAUAUACAUUAAAUUUCCGUCUAUAUCCUACCUUCCCGACUUCCCUGCACCUACACUUAUAGUGGCUGCACCCGUCCUCAUUAUCCUAGGAAAGCUUUUUUUUUUUCAUUUUACUUUAUAUUAUAUAAUUUUGAGAGAAAUGCACGUAGGUAAAGGCGCGCGUGUAUACUAUACCGCCGCGUUUUCUUAAUACGGUAUGUGAUUUCCAAAACGUUGUAUCCCUCGAAAUUUUCAAAAUAUAUAAAGAACGGAUAAUAUUUCGUUCUUUAAAUUUCAUUUUAACGUUGGUUUUUUUUUUUUUUUUUUAUAAUAACAGGAGAGUCUUUCGCAAGCGCUCAGCUGUUUGUUUUUGUGGAACAACAUCGUCAAGUUAUGUUUCGACGUGAGUAUACUAAUAUUAAUAAUAUAGACACCGGACGAAUAUUGUAAAAAAAUAAUAUUAUGCACCGUAAAACACUUAGCAACAUUAUCCUAAUAAUUGAAUGUGUACUAUUCUGGUCGCAGCGAAAAAAAUUCGAACUGAGGCCGUCGAACGCGGACAGACUGGUGUACUACACAAACUCGGACGAGAAGAGCAAACGGCUUUUGGCGCUAUGUCGGGACACACACCAGUUCUGCAUGAUGGUACACCCGAGACUUUUAGACACGCUGUUGAACAAUAACACGACGGGUGAGUGUGAUGUAGAGUGUAGACCAUUACUAAAUAAGAAGACAAUAUGGACUGCGGAUCACGAAUGAGAUCGAAAACCGAUAAGAAAUUGUCGCCACUCGUUUACACUGUGUGACAAUGAAAUUCUUUACCGGAGAAUAUAUAAAUCCGUAUUAUACUAACUAUAACAGCUAUAUUAUAAUACGGUGUUAAAAAUCAACAUUAAAUGGAUCUUCACGGGCCCGAUACUCUGUUCUAGCUUAUUCUGUAAUAUUCGAUAAGUAUUUCGCUAUAGGCACCGACACGGACCACCGGCCGCGGCAACAAUUUCUGAUCCUGUCUCUACCGUUCGCCUACCGCGUUAUGUCCAGUCAAUAUUUUCUUAGUCCGUGCUAAAUAAACAGGCAAUUUAACGAAAUUGUUUUGAAGUGUGCCCUAGACUUGGGGAUAUCGACGAUGAAAAAAACUACGGAAAAAGAAAUGAUUCGAUUAUAAUCGGUUUGUUUUUAUCACGGUUAUUGCACAAAAACCGGAUUGAGAUGGACUAAAAUAAUAUGGACCGGGCACGAAAAGUUAGUUGGUGGGAGGAGGGUGAUCAUGGCGGGCGGGUGAUGGUUAACCCGCCGUUCACUCUAGUACCGGAGUACAUGCCCGGUGAUUGGGAAAACACGUAUUUUUGUUGAUAUACCUGUUUAUUUAGUCAUAUACAGACUACAAGUUUCUUUUUUUAUUUCAUCUGGCUUGUACUAUUCUACACAAAUGUUUGCCGUUCAUAUCGACUUCCCACUACUUCUCUCGAUCCUGAAUUAUGUAUUUAUGUCUCUCCAGUUGUUUACUCCGAUUCUUUCCGAAUCAUUAUCGACCGCAUGCAUCCGACCUUUUUCUUGGCAACCCUCGCGGCCUCUUGCCCGUCGGUCUCCUGUUUUGACUGUGUUAUUAUCGUGUCCUUACGAAGUUCUUUACUCGGGCCAUAUCCCUCGUCUCCUCCGAAAGUCCUUUGUACUAGAACUCUUUCCUCCACACACCAGUAUUAUCAUCUAAUUUUUGCUCAAAUAUCAAAUUGUAUUUUCAAAAUUAUAAAGUCUCUGAUCUGUCGCGCUCGAAAUCGUCAACGAGUCACAUCCACGAGACGAGUGCGUACUAACUACGAGUUUACGGGAUUAAAAAAAAAAAAUAAUAAUAAUAAAAAUUUACGAUAGUUUCGAUUCAUUACAUUGGAAUAAAGUUAUUUCAUAGUGUAUUUGUUUGCAGAAAAAAACGAGUACGAAGGGGUGAAAUGGACCGACGAGAAGAAAUCGAAAUCGGCGAACGACAGCGACACCAACGACGAGAAAAAAUGCGAGAACGGCGGCGGUUGUUCCGAUUCCAGUAUUUCGACGACCGAACCAACUGUAACCACCGAACCCGAGGACAAGGCACGUGUAGUAAUAUAUUUAAUUUCUCCCGCGGCUUUAUCCGCUGAUGGUAUUACGGCACGCCGACAAUAAAAAUAAAUACGACCGUUCAAAUAUCACAGCGAAACCACCGGCGCGACAAUAACGUUAUCGUCGAAAUUCUUCUUCUAUCGUGUGGUCACGGCUUACACAUCAGAUCGCUUUACCAUUCCGAUACGCGACCGUUUCGUUUCUUCGCCUCGUGAUACGACCCAUUAAGUCGUUCCGGUCUUCAAUGUGGAGCCUUUCGGCACCGCAGAAUAUGGUCGUCCGUCUGUAUCUCUCUCCUGUACGUAAUAAUUGAUCUUUUUGUACACCCCAUCUCCAUAGGUCGCCGUUUGUCGUCUUAGCAACGUGUACUCUUCGUCGGUUUAAAAUUCUCCACAGUACACGUGGGAGGUAUUUAUACAGUGGAGAAGCUUUUUUCUUUUCUAAGGGACUCCGUGGACGGCAGUCAAAAUUGAAACAUUUAAACGUAGAUUGUGGAGAGGCUUUAGGGGGCUACGGAUAAGCGCCGCGGCACAUGUCGUUAAACUUGCGUAACGAAUUUUUUUUUAUUGUUAUGCGCAGGUGCAGAACGGCAGCAUAUCGUCCAGCGUGGAGUUGGGAUACAGUCACACGGCGCAAAAUUCGACCGUGUCCGAGCUGGACUAUUCGGUGCAGUCGGCGCAGGACAGCAGCGAAGCGUACCUCAUGUACAGACACCCAAGAGCCAGGGCGGCAUACGUGGAAAACAGCAACCAGUCGGCGCACACCAGCAGCGGCGUGUACACGUGCCCCAGUUACAGUUCGGCGUCCAAGGACACGGCAUCCGCAUCGUACACGACGGAGAACUGCAGCAGCGUGGGCUGUAACGACAGCAACGGGGAUGGCGGUUACAAGGCGACCGUGGCCAGCGUGGCCGCAGCAGCGGCCCAGUCGACCGCCAUGUCGUCGCCCUUGCCGCCGGACGCCGACUCAGCGUACAGCCCGUCGCUGCCGCCAGACAACGACGACGGUGGCCGCGGCGGCAACGCCCAACAGCAUUCGGACGCCGCUGUGGACGACUGCGACGGCGUCUGUGGCGGCGACGACGAGCUGUACGACCUGUCGGCCGCGGCCACUAGCGACAGUUCGUAUUGCGUGGGCGGCGGCGCCACGACCGCUUCCGACAUCGCGCCGUCCGCGUCUUUGAACGGAUGCGAAUCGGACGGUUACGCGGACGCCGGGGGCGCGGGCCCGGGCGGCCGGAGCCGCAGCGGAUCGGUGGUCAGCAACUCUGGCAGUUUUCGCGGUGACGGCAGUGACCCUUCCGAGGGCGGCCGCGGCGCCCUACUGUCGGCCGCCGAGUUGUCCGAUUUGAUCGUCGGCCGCAAAUCUCUCCAUCAGACGCCCCGCAAGGGUUUCUAUCCGUCCCGGCCGACCACCAGCUCGACGCUCGACUCGGAUUCGGAUUACGUCACGCUACCACCGCCCAUGAACUUUGUCACCGGCGCCCCGUCGCUGUCUAACCUGUCGCUGGCCAACUUCGACUGCGGUUCCGGAACCGGUCCUCCUGCCGCCGCGCUCCGUUGGGACGUUCACCGGUCGUUCGACGUGCUGUCCAACGUGGUGAAGCUGUGCGGCGGCCACCACCACCACCCUCACCAGUGCGUGGUGAACAGCAACAACUACUUAGACGUGCACAAAAGCGGCACCGCGUUCUAUCAUCACAUCUAUCCGGCGGCCUUGCCGCCUAUCGUGCACGCCCGGCCGCCGCCGCCUCCGCCGCCGCCGCCCCGGCCGAAGCGGUGUGACCUUCAACUGGAGCAAUACAAACAGCAGCUCAGGUCGGACGUUGACUUCGUCGUGUAUCCGCUCCAAGACCCGGCGGUCAGCCGCCAAGAAUACGUGGACGCCAAGCUGACCCGAAGCCGCCUGCACCAGCAGCAGUACCACAGGUACUUCGGCCGGGACCCGCCGUCGUACCCGACCAACGCCCACCUAACCAACGCGCACCUGUACAGGAGCACUCCGAACGUGGCGGCGGCAGUUUCACCACCGCCGUCCUCGUCCGCGUCGUCGUCGUCUCUAUCCCACCAGCAAUACCAACAGCACCACCGCCAUCACCACCACCACCAUCACCAGCAGCACCGUCACCAGCAGCACCACCAGCAGCAGCAGCAGCAGCAGCAGCAGCAGCAACACCAGCAACAACUACAACAACCGCCGCAGCUCCAACACCAUCAACUAUCGCCGCCGCCAUUGCCGCCGAUGCCGCCACGCUUGAAAUACUCGUCCAAUCAAAAUCUAUUCCCGGGCACCGUAGUCGCCGCCGCCGAGUACGCGAGACAGAAGUAUCAUCACCAGCUGCAUCACCCGAUGCAUCCCGUUUCGCCGCCCAUGAGAACGUACUCGCACGACGAUCUAUUGUCCGCUACAGACGCGCCCGACGUGCCGCCCAAAAUGAUGCAUCACAUUCGCCGCCGGCCGCCGCCGCCCCCGCCGCCGUUGAGCGCGCUGAAGCCCCCGGUCAUAGUCCGUCCGAAGCGGACUUCGGGCGUGGACGCCUCGACGACGACCUCAUCGACGCCCGCCGCCGCCGCCGCCGUGCUGGACAUCGCGUCCCUGCGAGAACAAAGCCGCAACCUCGACUUGCCGUUAAUAUCGGCACUGUGCAACGACCAGACACUGCUCAAACAGACCAACGCGAUGGUCACCAAACAGGAGAACAAAGCCACGCAAACGGUGGCCACGGCCGCCGUGCCUCCGUCCCCUCUGGCGCCGCCGUCCGCGGAACACCAGCCGCCCGCCACCGGGUCGGCCAACCAGUCGAAUUGCUCCAUGUGCACCAACGGCACCGCGUCGUAUUCGUCGCCUCCGCCGCCGAGUUUCCUGUCCGCGGCCGCGCCGACGUCCGUCGCCACUGCCACUACCGCCGCCGUCAAGACGGCCAAAUCAAAAGCCAACCACGUCAAAACUAACGCAAAGAAUAAUUGAUAAUUAUUAUUAAUUAGGUAGUAAUUAUAGUAUAGUAAGUCAUAUUUUCUCUCUCUCUCUCUCUCUUCAAUUAUACAUAAUAUAUUGUACUCGUAUCGAUGGCUUAAACGCUAAAUAUAAUAAUAUGUUCGCUCAAUCAAAAAAAAAAAUUCAAGUGUUCAAAAUUAAUCGAUCCGCGUUUAGUUGUUUCGCAAUAGCGUUUGACGAGCCGAUCGUAACGCGGACGAAUUGAUAUGCGCGUUGAAUACUCGACGUGCAUGCCUACCCCCUUCACGCGUUUACGCCGAGACGCAAUAACAACGCGGGGCCCGUUAUGUUUCCGCUCGAAAACGAUUUGCGAACGAUAACACGCGUAUCGGAGUUUUCGCGUAAAGUCAAAACUUUGAAACAAACAAACAAACCCACCGGGAUUCGCGAAACGCCUCUGCCGGACGGUUUUGGAAUUCGCGACGUAUCAUAUUUGGCCUUCGAGCCGUCGAUAUGCGUAAUAUUACGCGAGAAAGGCGUCGCAGUGUAGAUCGUUUUAAAAAAAAAAAAAGAAAAGAAGCGAUUUAACAACAACAGAAAAAAAAAAAAAAACAAACAAACUUUCCCGAGUUUAACGCUGGUGAUUUACGCCGUGUUUAUGUGUAUCAUAAUAACAUGCGAGAUCGAUUGGAGGGCUGGAAGAGGGACCGACCCAGUGGCGGCGUGAACCUAUUAAUUUCAAUGACGCGGUAAAAUUUUUCAACACCCAUCCGUCCACCCUUUUUUAUAUAUAAACACAAAAUAUAUAUGAAAAAAAAAAAAAAAACUAUAACCAAAUCAGAAGUCAAAACUGUUUUUUGAUUUUUAAAUUUAAUCUAAAAAAUUAAGUCCACUCAACUGUGAACAUCAACACCCGCCCGCCUUUUUUUUUUUUUUUUUUUUCUCUUUUUGUUUUUUUUACUCGGACGCCCCCAAAACGCUCGCGGUAAUUAUCUAUUAUACUGCAGCAUUGUUACCUUUACGAUAAUUAUUAGAUGUUAUUAUCGGUGUUUCCGAAUUGCGUGCGGAAAUUAAUAAUGCAUAGGUGGGGUCGCGCGCGCGGUCUUUUUUUUUUUCCCCUCGAUUUCAAAUUAUCCGCGCGAAACACUUUUCUCCUAAGAACACCCUUAUGUUUUGAUUUUACGCGAUUCGGAAUUGAUGAUCAAAUCUUCGCUCGGUCCAAAUGAUUGAAUUCGCUAAGUAAAUAACCUUUGCGCAUUCUCUGUGCGCGCGCUCAUCAACGCUCAUCUCUCAGCAUCUCUCACAUUAACAAUUUAUAUCCGUCAACGUUGCGUAAAAUUGUUUUUGUUUUUUGUUUUUUUUUUUUCAUUUAAUUCAACUAUAUCGACCGAUCAUCAAAAGUUACGAAUCGUUUAACCUGUGUACGGUUUACUCGUUUAUAGAUUAUAAUCAUAACUCAUCGCACGCGCAGCUCGGUUGUCGACCAACAUAGUUUUUUUUUUUCUUUUUUUUUUUUUCUGGCACGCAAUUCGGACGCAACUAUUAUUAUUAUUAUAUUACUAUGUACGCCACGGUUCGUUCUUUUCUAUAUCGACUGGGUACGUUUUGCCGAUUUCGGCAAAGUGACGUGGAAAAAAAAAUAAAAAAAAACGAAUCGUCCGUACGCGAAGCUCAGAAUAUCCCCGGAAAUAUCCAGCGAAAUUCGAAAAGACAAUUUGUUCGUAUGGUUUUUCGAGUUUCUUGACGUCGCCGAUAAUAUUCUAGAGGGCGUCGUCGCGCCGAGGAUUUUCGAGGGUUUCCGGAGUAUAGUUUUUUCGUUCCCCCCCCCCUCCUCACCCCCUCAAUCCAAAGUAUAUUACUGUCGAACGAAACGAGACGAAAUUCGAUUUUCGAACGAAAGACCGGCGAUUGAAGUCCGCGGCCGCUCUAUAGAUUCCGCGCGUCACAGAACGCCGCGGAUUCCCGAAGGACCCGGCGAUUUCGCCACGGUCCGUCCGUUCGACUCGAAAUCAGAACGUUGGAAUACGCUUUGCACUUUAUGUCAUUGCGACAUUAUUAUUUACGGUAUAGGUUACACACAACGGUGUAUUUUAGUUUCUACGGUUUUAUGGCUAAGCGUCGAAGUUUUUAUUUUUUUUUUCUC